GGUGUGAAAUGAUCCUGCAACGACCUGUAACUAAUAAAUGCACCUACUGCUACGGUAGCAGCAUAGUUACAGCAGACAUGGGUCAUUAAACCCCUGUCCUCAGCCUUAAACCGCUGAAAAUAUCCUAGCGCCGUCAGCUGUGUCUUGGUCGGGUCUCCACUGGAGGCGGUCGGGCUCUAUUUUCUCGUUUCCAUUGGAUUGGAUUUCCAUUUGGGUACAGUACAGAAUAGAAGCGGAAGUGGGUUACUCAGAAUGCAGCGCCUCAUUCAGCCACCACCCGAGCUCAGCCCAGAAGGAACUGACACCAAGUGGAAGACUCGAAAGCCAAGCACAGCACAUCACAUCAGAAUUAUUCUUCUUCUCGUUAGGUUGAUUCCUUUUUACCAAAUACUGCACGAUCCGACACCUACCAACUUGAAAGUCACCUACGAAACAAAGCUUUCCUGGAUCAUCACCUCUUCGCUAAAUUAAUCAAGCCCAUCGCAUCUUCGGCCUGCCCGUUCCUCUAUUCAACUGCGCCUCUUUGUUUGAUCGCCUCUCAAAACCCGCCCCGGUAAUAGACAUUGGACGUGCUCCAUAUCAGCGCGUAUCGAUACCAACCAAAGAAAGCCCGCCUGCAUUUAAACAACUUGCUACGACCCUACGGUUACAGACAGUGGUGCUGAAUCACUGACUAUACAGUACGGAUACUCUUGCACUCAAGGCAACAAAGAUUGGAAACUACAGGCCCAAGCCGGCCACUACCAUCAAUAUUUGCGCCAUCUCCAAGCCUGCAUUAAGCCAGGGCAUCUCAGCAUCAAGAGACGGCUCUUGGUGCAUCCAGCUCCAAGCCAGCUCCAGCCCAAGCUCAGCCCAAGCUCAAUAGCAUUAGCCAACCAGCCAGCAAAGGCUUCAGGCUCGCACCCCCCUCUUUGUUUCUUUGCACACUCCCGGGAUCCAAUAUCUAGGACACAGCAAGGUCAGUGACAGUGGCCAUUAUAGAAUUCAGGACAUUCAAGGGAAGAAACAGAUUGGAACAGCAUCAGAAUCAGAAUAAGCGCCAUCAAUCGGACGGACCGUUUACGGUUGAGAACCUUCUCUUGACUACAUAUUACCUCGCCUCUUUUCAGGUGAAAGAAAGGCACUCACUCAGCAAUCAGCCGAGUUCGACCAUUCCUAGACUACAGCUGCCACCGUUGUCGCGAUUUCGCAGUGAUCACGGAUACAACUACUUUUACUACAUCAUAUACCAAACUAGGUGCCUUGCUGUAUAGUAAGUUGAGCUACUGUUGUCCUUAAUGUCUUGUCUUGAUUUAUUAAUACUUUUACAGAUGGUCAGUGAGGAAACACUCUACUUCCUCACUCCUUGGCAGUCUAGCAGCGUCGCUCAUCUCUGACUGCCCCUCCCCACCCCCCAGGCCGUGCUAAUUUCUGACCCGAGCCCAAGCCUGACCCUCCCACUCCUCUUCUCAAAUCCCCCUCCCCUCUCACGCCCAAUCCUAAUCCGCCUCCAUCGAAAACCCCCCUCGUCCUGUCCGUCCUGUCCGUCCUGCCCCCGUCCUGCUGCGGCGCCUCGCUCGCUCGCUCGCCGCCCUGUGCUUUUGUGCCUGCCUCUACCUCUUUUGACCUCUUGGGUCCUACUCCUCAACCUUUUCUCCCCUCUGCUCCUCUUCCUCUUUUCCAUAUGAGUUCUAUGAACUCCCGCUUCAAGAGCCUUGGCUUCGGAAAACGCAAAUCCGCUGCAAGCAUACAGACCUCGGAAGGUCUGACACCGAGCCCAACCCCUCCUCCAGGCCAAAUACCGCAGCUUCCUUCUCAGCAACAGCUAAACGCUCCCUCAAUCGCUCCGUCAUCUUCAACGACGAGUCUUCCGAUGAAUCACCCGGGCCCCGGCAACCGUCCGCCUAGCUAUACCGCAAACUUCCCUCCCGGUCAAGCUCCUCUUGGUCGUACCAGUCCUCUCGCUCAGCAGCCCAACCGCACUCCUCCAACUCAAAUGGUCGGCGGUCCUCCUCCGAUCAACACCGGAGCCCCAAUGGGCUACCCUCCCGGAAUGGCGCCCAUGGGCCAAGGUCCUCCUCCGAUGGGAGGUCCUCCUGGUUUCGGACAACAGCCACCGCCUCCCCAAGGAUAUCCUCCUCCCGGUCCCCCAGGUGCUCCUAUGAACCAGCAGUUUCAACGACCAGGCCCUGCUGCCGAAGUUGAGGGCGCUAGCAAGAGCAAGGCUCAGCUCAUUGUUGGAAUUGAUUUUGGUACCACAUUCUCAGGUGUUGCUUUUGCUUUCGCGACCAACAACGAAGCCAAGGAAGAUAUCAUUACUGAGUGGCCAGGUGCUGGUUCUUACACCAAGCAGAAGAUUCCAACAGUGCUUUAUUACGAUCAAUACCAGAAAGUGGUAGGAUGGGGACCCGAUAUUGCCGAUGCCCUUGCUCCUACCGGCUAUCCCAAGCCUGGUGUACAAAAGGUCGAAUGGUUCAAGCUGCAGCUGAUGUUGAGCGGCAACACAUACAUUGACCCUAUCAACCUUCCUCCUCUGCCUCCAGGAAAGUCAGAAAUCGAUGUCGCCGCCGAUUACCUUUUUAAGCUUCGACAGGCUAUGCGGUCAGCUCUGCAAAAGGCGUUGGGUGAAGUCUUUAACCGAGAAGAACGCAACAUCCGAUAUUAUCUGACCGUCCCUGCUAUUUGGAACGAUGCUGGAAAGGCCGCCACUCGAGCUGCUGCCAUCCAGGCCGGUUUCCUUCGCGAUGAGAACGACAACCGUCUGACUCUCGUUUCAGAACCCGAGGCUGCCGCUUUGUUCUGUUCCAAGACCGGUCUUCUGGACCUCAAGGUCCACGACGCUGUCCUGAUUGUGGAUUGUGGUGGUGGUACCGUUGAUUUGAUUGCUUAUGAGGUUGAGGAGGAGAACCCUUUCACUGUUGCCGAGUGCACGGCCGGUUCUGGUGACUCUUGUGGUUCAACAGCCCUGAACCGUAAUUUCAGCAACAUUCUCCGCACCAAGAUUCGAAAGAUGAAGCUUCCCGAUGGCUCCAAGACCGCUGGCCGAGUCUACGCCAAGUGUAUCAUGGACUUCGAGAACCGAAUCAAGGCUGAUUUCCGAAACAACGGUCAGAAGUGGGCUGUCGAUGUUGGUAUCGAGGCUGAGUUCCCUGAGGCUGGUAUUGAGGAGGGUUACAUGACCUUCACCAACGAGGAGAUCCUUCAGUGUUUCGAGCCCGUUGUCAACCGUAUUCUGGAGCUCGUGAGAAACCAGAUCAUUGCCAUCCAGGCCCAGAACCGCACUCUCCAGAACAUCCUGGUUGUCGGUGGUUUCGGUGCCUCCGAAUACCUUUUCCAACAGAUCAAGCUCCAUGUCCCUCCCCAGUUUCAGUCCAAGGUUGUCCGGCCCAUGGAUUCCGUGGCUGCCAUUGUCAAGGGUGCUGUUACUGCUGGUAUCACAGAGCGAAUUGUUACUCAUCGUGUUGCUCGACGACAUUAUCUCAUGGCGACUCUUCAGCCCUUUAAGGAAGGCUAUCACCCUGAGGCUUAUCGUGUGCCGUCUCUCGAUGGAAAGGACCGCUGCAAGUUCACCCGCCAGAUCUUCGUCCAGAAGGGUCAGAAGGUCAAGAACGGCGAACCCGUCAAGGUCUCUUUCUUCCGACAAGUCGCUCCAGGUGCCACUCUCAUGUACGAAGAUGUGCUAUAUGCCUGUGACGAUGAUGUCUGCCCUGAAUACACUAAGGAUCCCCGUAUCAAGGAAGUUGUUACUCUUACCUCGGAUCUUUCUCGCAAGAACUUGGAGAAGGACUUUGAGCGAAUGGAUACCCCUCAAGGCACAUUUUACCGCGUUUACUUCGAUAUUUACCUAACCCUUGACGGUUCGGAAUUCAGCGCCGAACUUGUCUGUCAAGGCGAAGUCAUGGGCCGCUGCCGCUCUCGCUUCAGGUAAACAAGCUCAAAACAGAGGAGGAAGCGAAAGUCGAUAAGUUUAAGGUUCACUUUGAAACCCCAUGAUACCUAGGAAGACACAGACCCGAGAUGACGCCAAGUCAGCACGCAAAUGGGAUUAUUUUUUAUAGCUGCCUCAAGGGCACGCGAAGAGGACGUGCGACAUGUCGAGCGAAAGAUGUUGGAUUUAGUAUUGAGAAGUUAAACGGACGGGGCAUGGUGCAUAGACCAACGUGUCUGACUGAGCCUGGUGCUACGUUUCGGGAUAAAGAGGGGAAGAGUUACAUGCAUGAACGACAUGAUGAUUACUCGUACAUAGACAAUGAAUUUUCAGUUGAAUGAACGCAGGCUAUAGAGUCAUAUGAAAGCAACCAACGCACUCUCUCAAGUCUCACGCUGAAGCUGCUCACAGUUUCUGAUCAUAGGU